ACUCUUUGCUGCAGAACAAACUGUCAUUCAUUUCCAGUUCAGUCCGUUGGUGUAGAGUCAGUCUUGUUUUUCUGUGAGUUCGUUGUCUCGUGUAGAGUUCACUUGUCUUUCUUGUUGAAGUCUUUUAUUCCUGGAAACCUAAAUUGUUCAGUCCGUUCAAUGAGUUACCAAACCUAAUGCGACAAACUACGAAAUACUCGCGCCGCAGAGCCAAUGUUGUAAUUCUGUUUCUCACUCACGAUCCGGUAUCACAGACAUGGCAGAAGCAGCAGCGCCACCACUAGAACCAGCAACAGCAGCAGAAGCAACAGUAGCACCACCACAAGUAGAAGCAGCAGCAGCAGGAGGAGCUGGGGCGAAUGAAGCUCGCGAUGACGUUCCGGCUGAACUGCUCGAAGAGUGGAGAAGUGAGCAGGAACGCAUGCGUGAUCUAAUUCUAGAUCAGGAUGAUCUCCCUGGCUGGGAUGGCAGUACGCUGGAAGGCCUACGUGUGGUGGCCGGCAUUGAUAUCUCAUUCUUCAAGGACAGUCAUGUGAAAGCCGUGGCAGCGCUGGCCCUGCUCAAGUUCCCAUCCUUGGAGCACUUGCACACGCUGGCAGUGGACGUGGAGCUGACGCAGCCGUACAAGUGCGGCUUUCUCGGCUUUCGCGAGGUGCCGUUCAUGGUGCGCCUCCUGGACCUAGCCCGGCGCGACUUUCCCGACCUGGUGCCGCAGGUGGUGCUGGUUGAUGGCAACGGGGUCUUGCACCCGAAACGCUGUGGGUCUGCAAGUCACUUUGGUGUCGUGGCUGACUGCCCCACCAUAGGUGUUGCCAAGAAUCUGCUGUCUGUUGCGCAGGACGUGACGGAAAAGACCUUCCGGCAGGAACACAAGGAUCGUCUUGCCCGCCGCGGAGAUCAGCACCCGAUACUGGAUGAUGAUGGUCGUACUGUUGGAAUGGCAUACGUGAACUCUGACUCUGGCAAACCAGUCUAUAUCUCUGUUGGUCAUCGUAUCAGUCUGGAUACUGCUGUUGCUGUAGUGGAGGCAUGCAGCAAGCACCGUGUGCCAGAACCAGUUAGACUGGCCGACCUGGACUCUCGCUCUGUGGUACGUGACCGCCUGGGGGAGCAGAUGAUGCUGGAGCCUCCCAAGGGACGGGACGUGCGUAUUUAUUCAAACGAGCGCUAGAGACGUCCAGUCAGUGUGUCGCAGUGCAAGUCUGGAUUCGUCUUGUGGAACCUUCCCGCUAUUCUCGUCGAAUGUCGAGCUGUACGCGUGCGUGGUGUAAGGAGUACUGCAGCCUUUUCUACGAGUGUUGACCUACUGUACAUGCAUAUAGCAUCGGCCUUUCCUAUCUGUCUUGACCUACACUGUGCAUGCGCGUGACACAAGCCUUUUCCCAUCUGUCUAGACCUACAUGCGUGCGAUGCAGCAGUAUUCGUAAUCUAUUGCGCGUUGAGCUACAGUCCGCUGCACUGCAGUCGCUCCUACACGCCUCGACCUAUGAUCAUACGACUGUCUGCUACAACCGACGUCCUACUGAAUUCCAGCCGGAUGUAUGUACACUGCUCGGACUGGAUUUCUCCUACGCGCCUCGACCUAUGAUCGUGUCACUAUGCCUGCUGCAGCAAUUAAUGUCGUACUGAAUUACAACAGGGUCUGUGUCAGUAUGUGCACUGCUCGGGCUGGAUUACGACCAAACUCACUGCAUGUGCGAACAGGUGCGUCUUCUGACUGUAUUGUUUAUGAACGGAUUCUGCAGAGGUAAACGGAUACCUAUCGUGAACUUGAGUUUGGAAAGCACCAAAGUGCUGGGCACAGUCUUGUGUAACAGUGCGCUGUGGCAGUAAUUUCCCCUGUAAUGAGCCUAACAACAUUGAGACCACUAGCCGACCCGGGAUCGAAAAGUUCUGUAUUGCGUAUUUUGGCCAAUUCAAUGCUCCACUGCCGCUCACAGUUGUUGCGUGUGAUUGCUUUGGUACUGACUGGUCUCUGACUGCUAUCCGAACGACAGUAGACUACUCACCGCUACCCGGAGGAGACUUCUUGCUCACUGCUACCCAAAUGAAAGAGUGCACAGGACAAGCAGAUAGUACAAUAUACAGCGUGGUGUGUGCUUGCAAUAAAUGGCAAGCUUCGUAGACAGCCUGGACUGAAUGCUUGGAAGCAAAGCAAAGAUUAUUAUAAUUAUAGUACUAGAGUUGCGAUCAAUUAUUAUAGAUAUUCCUACGGUCAUUCUGUCAUUGAAUAAUAUUUUAAAUAUGAAAUUGUUAUGACAAUUCAGAUUAUCUGAUACGAGUUCGUGAAAGGUUAUAAAGGCAGAUAAAUAUUCUAGGCAACUGUGGCGCCGAAUCUUCAGCUCUCGUCACGAGGUUUUUCGUGUGCUGCCAGUGGCGGAGCUGCCGUUUGCGGCUGACCUCUUGUGCGCAUGCGUUCUUGCUGUCGGUUUUUCUCCUCCUGCAAUUUUCACAUUUAACAACAGGCGAGUGCAAAACAGGCGAGUGUUGUUAAAGAUAGCAAACAGUAGUAGUAGUUACAUUAUUGGCACAUAGAAUUCUAAUCUUUCUUCUUUAGAAAUUGCUGUAUUUCUCGUCCUUAUUUGACCCCUGCUAAAGUUACUCUGUAUACUUUUUAUUCAUGCGUGAUAAGAAUCCAUUCAGCAUAUCAACCAGCAUUUUUCAAAGAUUUUACUUACUGAUCAGCUUAUUAUGUGAGUGAAAUAUUUCCCUUUUCCAUUCCCUCAACUUAUGAAUAAUUUGAAAAUUGAGGUUCAAUUUUACGAGCUUUA